AGACAAAAUAUCGAAGAUAAGGGUAUUGCCAGACAACAUUGCGAUACGCUAGAGAAGCGUGGUAUCUCUGUGGACGAUUUCAUAAACCCAUCAAAAGGAAAGGAUUUGAAGAAUAUUCAGUACUAUCGUCGGGUGAGUUUAUAUCCUGGUCGACUUAGACAGUAUAGGAAGUAUUGUAUUCAGUUUACGGAUGUUAUUGAUAGUUCGCGUGAAUUCUUGCUUCCUCUUAAGAUCAACACAAGUAUCAAGCAAAAGUUCCUCGUCUGUGGAGAGAUAAACGCAGGAAUAGCCGAAUUUUCUCGUUCAACAUACGAGAGUCCAGGACACGAAUGGGAUGCGCUUUUGAGUAACUGGAUCAAACGGAAUCGGUUUCCUGUUAUCCCUAACUCCCAUACUUUAGAGGAUGAAGAAGUUGCACAUCGUCUUAUUUCAUACGUCGAACUACAACACGACCUAACCUUCCUUGAUAGCAAGCUUCCACUGUUUGGGUUCACGAGGGAGGUUGCUAAAGAUCAGAAGAAACGUCCUAAGCUGUAUCUUUGGCAGGGAGAAGCUGAUGCCAUUGCAUACAGUUGUGCACUCGAAAAGUAUGUCAUCGUUGAUUUUAAAGUAGUCGACAAUUUGUUAGAUUAUUGUAAGAAAAAAACGGAUUUAUGUGGGAAGCAUUUGCAUCAGUGCUUGGUUUAUGCAAAGCUUCUACAGCUGUACAUGAAGCUUCAUUACUUGCCUCCCUGCCUCAUAGUAGUCAUCCAUAAAGUCACUGGGAAAGACGGAUACUUCGCGCUGUUUAAAGAUUACCCUGAGGAGUGCUAUAAGAAGCUUUAUGAGUAUGAGUGGUUCACUGAGCAGCCCCCGAAACGUCCCCUAAAGAUACACAACCCUGAAAAACUGUUGGACCCUAUAUACAUAUUCAACAAUCCGAUUACUCGAGACACGCUGCUGAAAGACCUUUUUUUUAAUAGCGGAUCUACAGUGAAAGACCUCUUUGAAGACCUCCUGGGCUACGAUGGCAUUGAAAUCGUUCCACGAAAAGAACAACAUCAGUAA